AUUUAGCUUAGAACUGGGAAUAUGGGCUGGCCUGACUCUACAUAUGUUGAGCAAACACCUACCCACAGCCCCAAAACCGCUUAUGAGCAUAUCAUAUCUUUAUAGCUUUUAAAACAAUUUAAGGAUUAUAAAAUAAACAUAUUUUUUAAAAAAGCAAAAUUUUCCCUUUUUAUUGCUCUUCAAUAUUAAAUCAUGAUUGAUAGAAUUUAGAUUAUUUUUAUAAUAAUUUACCAAAAAAUACUUUGUUAAAAUGUAAACACAAUUUUUUUUAAAAAGUCAAUUAUUUCAAACUACAGAGAAAUAAGUGAUUGCACAAUCAUGCAUCUGUGAAUAAAUAAUAAAACCAAGUGACCAAAAAAACAAUUAUGGCCAAUGGCGAUUUAGUAUAGUUAUAUAGAUUAUAUAUAGAGUUUAUAUAGAGUAUAGUUUAUAUACAGUCUAUGAGUCUAUGGACUGAGCACACGCACACAAAAAAUGGUGAACACCGGCCCUGGCGGCCCAAACAUCGACCGGCACACCGGGAAGUCCCGGUCCUCCCGAUGAGCCACUCCGGGCCUGCAGUAAGAGCUUCUAGCAGUCAGAUUCAAACUCCGAGCGGCGUAAGUCAUAACAAACUUUUGAUUUGCUUAGACUACCUCAGCUUAUAACUUCAAUUUCACACCAGGAAAUGUCGGUGUCCCAGCCCCGCCCGCCCCGUCGGUCCACCCGCACCAGCUCCACAAAAAAUUGAGCGCUCCCGCUCCGGAAGUCCUCGCACCCAAAUUCCCCAUGUCACGUCUGAUUCAGGUGUGUAUCUUUCUCUCCUCUACACAACAUAAACUCUAAUUCAAGCUCCAAAAUAGAAAUUUCCUCAGGGCCUGUGCCCUACAACUUCCGGGUUCAAGUCCGCCGUCUCCGCCCACAAGAGUGACGUCGUAGCCGAGCCACUCAAGUAAGGUGUUUUUACUUUACUGAUAUUUUACUGCUAAUUGUUAUUUUAAGUGUAAUUUACUUAAGUCAAAAUAUUACAUGCGUCUUCUAUUACAAACAUUUUUCCACUUUACACAGCAAGCUACAUGCAGUCUUUGUGUGGAUAGUAACUAUGAUCAUGAAAGUAACUACCAAAAUGUCAACAAAUAACACACAAAAAAAUUUUAGUAUCUGUUGCCGUAUUUCGACACAUUAUUUCGACACAAAAUUGUCAGGCUUUGGGACAUCAUAAAUGAUCUAACAACAAAAAGAUUUUGUUGGUAACACAGACUAUCAGAUUAUUUAUUUGGCCUUUUAUUGUGUAAUAUGAUGUUAUGGGGGGCUGCACAGUGGCGUAGUGGUUAGCACUUUCGCCUUGCAGCAAGAAGGUCCCUGGUUCGCGUCCCGGCUUUCCCGGGAUCUUUCUGCAUGGAGUUUGCAUGUUCUCCCUGUGCAUGCGUGGGUUCUCUCCGGGUACUCCGGCUUCCUCCCACAGUCCAAAAAUAUGCUGAGGUUAAUUGAUUACUCUAAAUUGCCCGUAGGUGUGAAUGUGAGAGUGCUUGUUUGUCUUUGUAUGUAGCUCUGCGACAGACUGGCGACCUGUCUAGGGUGUCCCCUGCCUUCACCUGAGUCAGCUGGGAUAGGCUCCAGCGCCCCCCCCCCCGCGACCCUAGUGAGGAUUAAGCAGUGUAUAGAAAAUGGAUGGAUGGAUGAUGUUAUGGGUGAAUUGUUUUCCCCCUUUAAUGCAUCACAGCUUCCCUUCUUCUGGCCUGUUAAGGGAGUGGAUUCAUCGGAAUUACUAUUAAAUGACAGCACUAACUAAAUGCACAUUUGUGGGGGUGUGGCGGCCUUGAGGAGUUUUUCAGAGUGUGUGUAAACGUGCAAGGAUACAAUAUGCAGGUGUGUGUCAGUGGGAGUGAUGCAGGCAAACGUGGGAAACUCCUCUCACAUUCCCAGGAUUGAUAAUUCACUCCCUGCUUGGCCAUUCUGGCCUGAGAGUGACCAUGAUCCUGCAACAGCAGUGGCUGCUUUUGGCUGUGGAAUGCAUCUGUAUAUGCAUUUCCAGCCAGUCUUCAUUACGGAGGUGUGUUUUUCAAGUGACGUCACAGAACUACGACAAAUACACUACUGCUGGAAAUGUGAUUGGAUCGGUGCAGCUGUGCGAGAACACCCAGUGCUGUGUGGGAUAUUAUCUGAUCGUAAACGGCCAGCCAAAGGUUGACGUUCUUGCUUGUGAUAUGGUUGAAAAAUCCUGCCCAAGUGCAACCUGUAAAGCACAAUCACACUUCAACAAUCGCUUCCUGAAGUGUGUGUGCAACGCAGACCUCUGCAAUGGCAACAUUACUUGGACCCCAGAGUCAGAAGAGCCUCUGCACACCUACUCUUAUUCUGCAGGUGAAAUCUUGAAAAUGGCUGUACCUCUGGCUGUGAUUUUACUCGUCAUGUUUAUCGUGAUUAUUGCUGCCAAAAGGAGAAACCUUUUCAAAGAGAAAAAAGAGAAUCUACAAUCCUCCUGUGAUGACUACAGUUUAUCAUCACCGUGCUCCUGUCAAACAGUAAAAUCCUCUGAGAUUGACUUUUCUCAAAUUGAGCUACAGCAGAUUGUGGGCCAAGGACACUUUGCAACUGUUUUUCAAGGGAAAUACAACGGAUCUGUGGUGGCUGUGAAAGUUUUACCUGCAGACUGGAAAGUUAAAUUUACCACAGAGAAAGGGAUUUUUGAGCUACCACUGAUGACACAUGCUGGGAUUGUCCAUUUCCUUGGUACUGGGAGGAAACCAAACGAUAACAGCUGCUUCAUUGUGCUGCAAUUUGCUGAAUAUGGUUCUCUCCAUUCCUUUCUGUGUAAACACACCACCAGCUGGAUGUCGUCACUGAAGUUAUGCCAGUCUUUAUCACAGGGGCUUUCCUAUCUCCACUCUGACCUUCACAGCGGUGAUGGACAUAAACCCCCUGUGGCCCACAGUGACCUCAGUAGCUCCAACGUGCUGGUGAGAGCAGAUGGUACCUGUGUCCUGUGUGACUUUGGUUGCUCAACCAUUUUGCGAUCUCGGUCAGAGCGUCGCUGUUGCCAGAGCCACACCACAAACACAGAGGGUCAUGCUCAGCUGGGCACGCUGCAUUAUACGUCGCCUGAGAUCCUGGAAGGUUCCGUAAACCUGAACAGCAGCGGGUUUCUCAUGCAGGCGGACGUCUAUGCUUUAGGACUACUGCUGUGGGAGAUCUGGAUGCGCUGCUCUGAUUUAUUUGAAGGCGGUGUUGUUCCACAGCAUCUGGUGCCUUAUGAAUUAGAGCUGGGAGCCAAUGUCACACUGGAGAGCCUCAUCUCUUACGUGUCUCACAAGGACGAGAGACCCUCCAUACCCAAACACUGGGAACUGCUACCACAGGGAUCUGCAUUGGAGGAACUCUUGGCAGACUCCUGGGACUGUGAGCCAGACGCCCGACUGACGGCUCACUGUGUCGUGGACAGAUUAGUCUCGCUUCGGUCUUCUCAUUCCCUAUGACUUUGUCUGGUUUUCAGAUUGGCUUGUUGUAUGUAAAUACAAGUAUUUGUAUUGUUCUCUUUGUGUCACCAGUGUAUAGCUUUUCAGUAGAUUUUCGGUAGAUUUUCAUGUAAAAAAAAAAAAAAAGGAAUAAGGAAAAAGGAAUAGUUUGUUAAACAACUAGAUAGAUCUCACCACGUUUUCUGUUAACAUAGGUGAAGUUUAACUAACAAUUUGCAUGCAUUUUAUUAUAUAAAUAUAUUUAGAGGAACGUUGAGGUUUUCUGUGCUUUCAGUGUAAAACUGAGACACUGCAGAAGGUGGAGGAGUGUUUUAUUUGAAGUACUUAUUGAUUACUUUGCUAUAAAGAUUUUGUUCCUAUUUUUACUCAUGUUAAAGCUUAAAUAAAACCAAAUUGUGUGCUCUACAACUGAACUAAAACU